AUUUCUUUUCUCACCAUCCGUUGACCGCCCCUGUGAGAAGUCACCACAGGAGGAGAUAUCAUACCAUUUGACCGUAGCCGAAAACAUGUCCUCAAUCGAUCGAUGCGUUGGCGAGGCAUCCUCAACUUGUGCAGUUUUAGGUACGCCUGCUAGGAAUGCCCCCGCAAGGAAACGGAAACGUCGGAUAUUGUCCUGCGAUGCCUGUAGACGGCUCAAAUGUCGCUGUGACUUGGGAGAGGGAUCAGACACAUGCGCAAGAUGUCGCGCUCUUCGCAUCCCCUGCGUGAAAAGCGAUGACCAUGACCAGCCAGCUACGCAGAAUGACGGACAUGCACCAGCCGAGUUUUCUACGCGGCUGCUCCAGCUGGAAUCAUCUGUGCUCAGCAUCAAAUCAACUCUGGAGACCUUGCGCUCAGAGCGAGAGCAGCCCGGUGAGACAAUGACUGACAACAGCCCUGUACAAGUUGAGCAACCGAGUACAGAAGAAGAUCCGGAUAUAGACGAUGUCGAGCCGGUUGAUCAACAUGUGAAUGCCUCCCCCGCAGAAGUCAUGAGAAAGGUCGCAAGACAGCUGAGCAUGGGGUAUCGAAGGACGGUUGACAUCUACGACGACGUCGUAUCAUUGGAGUUGCUCGACGUAGCCACAGCCAGUUAUCUGGUCACAUCCUUUAUUAGCCGUCGGCGUCACGUUCUCCUCAUCGACAGCGAAGGCGACUUGUCCUCGACCGGCAAUCUCCGAAACGACUCUCCGUUCCUAUUUUCGGUAUGCUGCCUUCUUGAGAUGCGACAAAGUCCCCUGGCGGAAGGAGAUCCAGUGAAACACAGGCUAGUAUACGAGCAUGUUCGGCAAAUGCUUGGUCAAGUCAUGCUAGCAAGUCCGUUGCGUAUCGAAGAAAUCACAGGCAUUCUAAUCAUGGCUAUCUUUGCUUUUUCUCCCUCGAAUGGACCUGAAUACCUGGACAGUUGGCUGUUAAGCGGGCAUUGCGCGCAACAGGCCAUGUUGAGCAUCAGUUUCUCGGAGAUAAUGACGAGACUAAGUCUCAGCACAUCGACAACAGCAGAUCAAAAGUCCGUUCGACUCUGGGCUAACAUCUGCCUGGCCAACCUACACUGGUCGGCAACAACGGGGAGACCAUCCAUUUUACCGCCUUCGUAUUUGCGCCAGUGUCGCAUUUUGCUCAACUUCGAGCAGGCUACAAUGCGAGACGGAAUGCUUUUCGCCGAGAUUGCGCUCUACUCCAUGCUCGAACAAAGAUGUUCUCGGAAGUCGUAUAUGAAACUUGAUGGGAGCCAUGGCGGGUUUGAGGAAUGGAGACAGAAAUGGAGUUAUUUGCUCGACCUUUCGACAUCUUGGAGACUCAAAAUCAGUCACCGAAUCGCCCAUCUUAUCCUGGCGCGACAAUCGCUCGACCAUACUACUCGAGAUAAGGACCAUGAGUCUGUUCGACAUAACACCGACGAUAGAGACUGCCCAAACUUAAUAAAGGCAAUGCAAGCGCUUGUGUCCGAAUCCGCACUACAAGUCAUUGUAAUAUUCGUUUCCACUCCGAAGUCUAGUUGCGACGAUUUGCCCGAAUUUUAUAAGCUCUGCAUUGCGUAUUCGGUGCUCAUCCUUUCUCUUUAUGAGCCAAAGCCGAGCACUAUAUCUCAUGCCGAAAUAUUUCAGCAUCUGGAGGAAGUGCAGAAACGGUGCGAUGAGUCACAAGCAUCGUCAUUGGCGCUGCGAUUUAGUCUGGAGAGAGCUUUGAAGAGGUUUCGCAAUACUGAUUAUUCCAAGGAUGAUCCUGAACGCAACACGGAAUUACAAUCCCCAGCCCUGGACAAUAUAGAAACGGACUUCAGUGAGGAGACACCUUACUCAAUAAAUGUAGGGCUAAAUAUUCUUGAAGACAUGGAUGUUUUCCUUAGUGAGGGAUGUUUAAAUUCAGAAGUGGAGUAAUAUUUAAAGUAACCACUUGCUGGAUAUUGUGAUAGUCUUGACAGACGCGCUGGGGUUUAAUGACAGCAGAGUUAGCCUGGCUGCACCUUCCAAGUCAAUAAAAGGGCAUGCUUGAUUU